UAGUUCAUGAAUUCCUUCAUAGAGUCUCUAGACUUCCAAAAACAUGUAUAUAAAACGAAAAUAAAUGAACAAGUAGAAGCAAUUCGAUGCAUGAAUUUUUUACCAAAUUAUUGAAGUUCUGAUAGGGUAUGGAUUGAUAUAAACUUAUCAUCAUUUUUCUUUUUCACUUACUCCCACAUAUUACAUUGCAUGGUACGUAUGCCACCGUUGUUUCGAUCAUCAAAUAAGUGAUUGUGAUAAGCUUAUGGCAAAGUAUACUUCUGUGAUAGAGAGAAAGUCAAAUUGAAAUUGAAAUUAAGUAUUUCUGAAAAAGAAAAAGUAGGAUUUUGUAUACACUGUUCGCAAAAGAACGAAAUUGCACAAAUGGUGCACUCGCUGCGGAAUAUAUAUGCUAGAUUGUUAAAAUCUUGCGGGAAGGUCUCCUAAAAGGAGAGCCUUUAAUAAGAAAUUAUUCUUUUGGUAGUCAGCUAUUAAAAAUAUUAAAUAAUGACGGAGAAUCGGGGGAAUUUUUCAACUCCAACGAAUCAAAGUUCUAGCAGACCAUUUAAUUUUCAACAUUUGGAUUUUGGAUCUAUUAAUGAUGUUCAAAAUGAAAUGUCAGAAAAAAGAAGACAAUUCAAACUUAAUUUUCAAACACAAGGAAGUAAUAUAUCACUUAAUAAUUCAACAAACUCUUCAAUUUCUAAUUCAACUGGAAGUGCAGCUUGUUUACCAAUAUCUUCUCGUCCAAAUUUGCCUUUAUCUUUGCCUAAACUACCAGUGAGACCUUGUACUGCAGUUCCACAAGAACUGCCUGAUAAAGCAAGGGAUAAAUUACGAAUGUGUCAAUCAAUGCAAAGUACUGGAAAAUUACAGCUAUCACCAAAUGUAGUAUAUGAUUUUACAAGUGAAGAUCUUCAAGAUCUGGGAGAAAUAGGACGAGGAGGAUUUGGUACUGUAAAUAAAAUGAUCCAUAGGAUAAGUGAUACUGUUAUGGCUGUGAAGAGAAUUCGUUCCACAGUGGAUGAAAGGGAGCAAAAACAAUUAUUAAUGGAUUUAGAGGUUGUAAUGAAGUCUAAUGAAUGUCCAUGCAUUGUGCAAUUUUAUGGAGCUCUAUUCAAAGAAGGUGACUGUUGGAUUUGUAUGGAACUCAUGGACACCUCAUUAGAUAUAUUUUAUAAGUUUAUUCAUGAGGUAUUAAAGGAAAGAAUACCAGAACGUAUUUUAGGAAAAAUUACUGUUGCCACAGUAAAGGCGUUGAAUUACCUCAAGGAAAAAUUAAGAAUAAUUCAUAGGGAUGUAAAACCUAGUAAUAUUCUGUUAGAUCGACAUGGUAAUAUCAAACUUUGCGAUUUUGGUAUAUCAGGACAGUUGGUUGAUUCUAUUGCACGAACUCGAGAUGCUGGAUGUAGACCAUAUAUGGCUCCAGAGAGGAUAGAUCCUCAACGUGCAAAGGGUUACGAUGUUAGAAGUGAUGUGUGGUCAUUAGGUAUUACAUUAAUGGAAAUUGCGACUGGUUAUUUUCCAUAUCCAAAGUGGAAUUCAGUUUUUGAACAACUUUAUCAAGUAGUUCAGGGUGAUCCACCACGUUUAUCUCCUAAUGAAAAUGGAAACCAUUUUACUAUGGAUUUUGUGAAUUUUGUGAAUACAUGUCUAAUUAAGGAAGAGACACAGCGGCCGAAAUACAACAAAUUACUAGAACAUCUUUUCAUCAGAAAAGCAGAAGAGGAUACUGUUGAUGUAUCAGCUUAUAUAAGUGGUGUUCUUGAUAACAUGGUUCUCAGGGGAUUGACACCUUUUACCACUAAUCGGCAUUAAGUCGGAAGUAUAAGAUAAUAUUUGUACCUUAAUUUCUAUAAGUUUUCAAAUCUUAAAUUUGAUUAUUGUAAAUGAGUAGGUUAUUUGCACUCCGAUUUAGUGUAGGUAGUAAAAUUAAUCAACGUCGAUCAUUGUCAAUAAUAAAUCAUUUUGUGUAGAAUCAUA